AUCUCUCUCUCUCUCUCUCUCUCUCUCUCUCUCUCUCUCUCAAACAGAAACAGUGUAUUUUUUUUUUGAUUUAUUAAAUAUUUAUAUUGUGUGUGUAUCUUGAGAUAUAUAAACACAUACUUUUGACAAAAAAAAUUGUUAAGUAAAAUAACAACUAAUUCUUGUAUAUAGAAAAUAGAACAUUUUUUUUUCAUUUUUAUUAUCCUACAAACGCGAUCAUAUGUUCUUAUAGACGAUUUAUUUUGAUAAAAACAUUUUUUUUUAUUUUUGAUAAUUAGUUGAUUACAAAUCACACAAUUGUACAUACUAUUUUAAAGUUGAUAAUUGUUACAAUAAAGAGACUGACAAUAGAUUCUGUAUACUUUAAUUUGAGUAAGGAAACAUUCUAAUCAGAUGACGUAUGAAAAACGAAUUAUUUACAAGAGAAAUAGAUGAAUAAUGAAUAAAUGUUAAAUGUUCGAGAUAAUCAUUUUUUUAUGAUAAUUAAUUGGAAGAUUGUAUUGAUUGACAGUUUAGCACAUUCGGCUAUAUAUAUUUUUUUUUCUUCUGACAUGUUUGUAUGUAAUAAUAAUCCAUAUCUUUUCAAUUGUCAAUGACUUCAUUAACAACACACGCACAUAUGUCCGUGUCUAUAAGUUAAACAGAUGUUGUCAUCACUGUACAAGAUUCUAUUAGAAUUGAUCAACUCUAGUAUAUAUAUUUAUGUUUUAUUCGAUAACUUUAAGAAUAAAAAAAUACAAAAAUAAAAGAAAACAGAAAAUGCUAAUUUUUAUACUAAUCAUAAAAGAAAUAUUAUUUUUAUUGAAAUGAAAAAAAAAAGUUCAACAACAUCUUUCAUUUCUAUCACUACAAGAAUAUGUUCUCUUUUUUUUUUUGCUUCUGUUGAUUAUAUUUUCAACGCAUCUAUAUAUCCUUUAGACACUAAUUUUGAUGUUUGCGCCCCCUUUUUUUCUGUAUUGUUCUAUAUUUAGUAGUUGAAGAGUUAGUACUAGAUUAUGAUUAUUAUUAUUAUUAUUAUUAUUAUUAUUAUUAUUAUUAUUAUGAUUAUUAUUAUUAUUAUUAUUACUAUUAUUAUUAUUAUGUCGUUAUUCUUUUUUGUACAACAAAGCUGUAGUCUUUUUAGGAUCAGAUUAAUAACGACACAUACGUCUCAUAUAGGAUGAGUAUGUUGUAUGUCGACAGUAAACACAAUAGAUACUUUGGAUCGAUGUAUUUUACUUGAAUUAGAAUUGUUGGUUUGUAUCAACAAAAUUUUUUAAGCCAAUUUUGAUAUUGCAUAUCUAUAUCGAUAUAUCUAUAUAUAUAUAUAUAUUUAGAUUAACAAAAAAGAUCUUAUUUUAGCCAUUUGUUAUUUCUUUAAUAUUUCCAUCAUUCACUUUGAUGUUCGAUAUUCUAGUAAUUAGACUUUUAAAAUAGAUAUAAAUAGUUAAUUUGAAAGUCUUUUUUGAAAAAAAUUAUAAUAUAUUGUAAAUAAAAUUCUUAUAUUUUUCUUUUUCUUUUAUUGUUUUAGGCAUUAUUACAAGUUCAUGAUGUUGUUGCUCAAGAAGUUUAUGGUGACGAAGCAAUUCGUGUAACUCCACCUCUAGGAGGAAAUUCUCAAUUUAACGAUGGAUCAGAAGAUUUAAACGGAAAUGGCACAGGCGGUAUUGAUGUACAACCUGAUUCAGCAUGCGAUGUAACACGUGUUAGACUCGUACAAUUUCAACGUAAUACGGACGAACCCAUGGGUAUAACAUUACGAAUGACAGAAAAUAAACGUUGUUUAGUGGCUCGUAUAAUGCACGGUGGUAUGAUUCAUCGUCAAGGGACAUUGCAUGUGGGUGAUGAAAUUAAAGAAAUUAAUGCUAAACCUGUGUCGGAUCAUCCUAUUCAACAUUUACAACAAAUGCUGCGUGACGCACGUGGCAGUAUUACAUUCAAAAUUGUUCCAAGUUAUCGUAGUCAACCACCACCAUGUGAUAUUUAUGUUAAAGUAUUAUUUAAUUACGAUCCAAAAGAUGAUGAAAUCAUUCCAUGUUCUCAAGCCGGUAUUAAAUUUCAAAUUGGAGAUAUUCUACAGAUUAUAUCAAAAGAUGAUCACAAUUGGUGGCAAGCGAGAAAAUUACUCGAUAUUUUAUCAAAUACAAAUAAUGUUGGACCGGCCGGAUUAAUACCGUCCCCUGAACUUCAAGAGUGGAGAAUAGCAACACAUGCCAUUGAAAAAGCAAAAGAUGGAAGCGCUAAUUGUGGUGUAUUUGGACGAAAACGUAAAGUUUAUAAAGAUAAAUAUUUGGCUAAACAUAACGCUGUAUUUGAUCAGCUAGAUCUUGUAACGUAUGAAGAAGUGAUUAGACUACCAGAAUUUAGAAGAAAAACGCUUGUGUUGUUAGGUGCACAUGGUGUUGGAAGACGUCAUAUUAAAAAUACAUUAAUAACUAGUCAACCAAAAAGAUUUGCUUAUCCAAUACCUCAUACUACGCGUUUACCGAAAAAAGACGAAGAAAAUGGGAAAAAUUAUUAUUUUGUUACUCAUGAAGAAAUGAUGCGUGAUAUAGCAAACAAUGAAUAUUUGGAAUAUGGAACGCAUGAAGAUGCUAUGUAUGGAACAAAAUUAGAAACAAUUAGAAAUAUACAUCGACAAGGAUUAAUGGCUAUUCUUGAUGUGGAACCACAGGCCCUCAAAGUGUUACGAACAGCAGAAUUUGCACCGUUUGUUGUAUUCAUUGCUGCACCGGAUCUCUCACAAAUCAAAGACAUCAAAGAGGAUGACAGUUUAGAACGUUUAGUUAAAGAAAGCGAAUUAUUACAUCAAGCUUACGGUCAUUAUUUUGAUUUGAUUAUUCUAAACAAUGAUAUCGAAGAGACCAUUCGGACAUUACAAGAUUCAAUCGAAAGAAUUAAUCAACAACCACAAUGGGUACCUGUAUCAUGGGUCUAUUAG